AUGUACAUCAACUCACCGGGUGGCUCUGUCACGUCAGGCAUGGCGAUAUACGACACGAUGACUUAUAUCAAAUCUCCCGUCGCGACCGUGUGUAUUGGAGGUGCUGCGUCCAUGGCAGCUAUCCUACUAGCUGGUGGCGAGGCAGGCAAACGCUGCGCUCUUCCACAUAGCUCCAUCAUGAUCCACCAGCCAUUGGGCGGUACUCGAGGGCAGGCUUCAGACAUUUUGAUUUACGCGAACCAAAUACAAAAGAUACGGGAGCAGUCCAACCAAAUUAUGCGAUACCACUUGAAUAAGGCGAAGGGAUUUGACAAGUAUAGCCUGGAGGAGAUUAACGAUCUCAUGGAGAGGGACAAAUACCUAAGUGUCACGGAAGCACUGGAGCUAGGAGUUAUUGACGAGGUAUUCACAACGAGAAAGGAUAAAGAGCCUCAGCCAAAGAAGGAAGAGGAGGAGACAAAGUAUUAA